AUGUCGGUUAAUUAUGAGCAAGUAAAUGUUGCGCCCCUGGUUCUGUUGUCAGUGUUGGAUCAUUACAAGCGCAUGAAUACCCCAGACAACAAGCGGUGCGUUGGGGUGCUCUUGGGCGACAAUUCAGGGUCGACGAUCAAGGUCACCAACUCAUUUGCAUUGCCAUUUGAGGAGGAUGAGAAGAACCCUGACGUGUGGUUCCUGGACCACAACUACAUAGAAAACAUGAACGACAUGUGCAAGAAGAUCAACGCGAAGGAAAAGAUGAUUGGCUGGUACCACAGUGGCCCGAAGUUGAGGUCGUCCGACUUGAAGAUCAAUGGGCUAUUUAAAAAAUACACACAGGGGAACUCGCUGUUACUAAUUGUGGACGUAAAACAACAGGGCGUCGGAUUGCCCACGGACGCGUACAUGGCGAUAGAAGAAGUCAAGGACGACGGCUCCUCGACGGAGCGCACUUUUGUGCAUCUGCCCACGGCAAUUGAGGCCGAGGAGGCUGAGGAGAUUGGGGUGGAGCACCUGCUGCGCGAUGUGCGCGACCAGGCUGCAGGUAACCUGUCCCUAAGGCUGACCAACCAGCUGAAGUCCCUGCAGGGGCUGCAGCGCAAGCUGCGGGACAUCGUAGCCUACCUCGACAAGGUCAACAGCGGCCAACUCCCCGCGAACCACAUUAUCCUGGGCAAGCUACAGGACGUCUUCAACCUCUUGCCAAACCUAGGCUCCCCCGAUGAAGAAGCCCCUGCCACAAAGAAGGACGAUGUUCUUGCCUCCUCCAACACUCUGCAGAAGGCUCUGACUGUGAAGACCAACGACGAGCUGAUGGUCAUAUAUAUUAGCAAUCUGAUGAGGGCCAUCAUUGCCUUUGACAACUUGAUUGAGAACAAAAUCAAGAACAAAAAGCUACAAGAGGCCAAGCGCGAUCCCGAGCCUGAAGAGGCCACCAAGGAGGAAAUUCAACAGCAGGAAUCGGCCAAGGCUUAG